AUGUCAGCAUCAGAAGUGAGCAAUCUUGCUAAUUUGUAUGCCUUCCUGAAAAAUACUUACGAUUCGGUGGAUGUGCUGUUGGCUCCGGCACCCACCUACAUUCAAUCGUUGGCCGAAGAAGUCGAUUCGAAAAUAAUCUUCAUAUACAAGUAUGACGAACUUCGAAGCCGGGUCAUGCAGACAGACGGAAAUGAAUUUAGCUCCAAAAAAGGCAGUUCAUCUAGCGCUCCCGAUCUGGAUCUUACCGGUUCGCCACUGAAGGAUGAUGUUAAACUGGAAGAUCUGAAUCUUUCCGAUGAUCACCAAGCGGUGGUCUUUUUGGAAAAUUCUUGGCUUGAGAAGGAAGAAUGUUAUGCACCGAUUCCCGUGGAAAAAGGUCGAUCGAUUCUUCAGGAAGUGCUGAACAGUAACGUGUCCGGUUGUGGUCAAUUGUGGGCUUUGUGUGAUGCGCGUGAUAUGGACCAAACAGUGUUGCUACAAAUUGUAGUAAAAGGAGCACGGAAGUUCGUUAGAGGGGUAGUCACACUGCUGGGUUGUUUUGCUGACGAUACUCUCUCGAUGGCGAGGUUCCUAAAAGCUCACGAAACAAAGGCACAAAUUGGCACCGGGAAGGAAUUGGAAACAAACAUUGAACUGUGCUAUAAGAUUCAGUCUCAUAUUAGUAUCAAACUGCGCUGGACUAGCUACUCGGAGCAACCUUCGUUUUGUAUCAAUAAAAAAGCCGACAUUUGGUUGCGGCAAACCAUUCGCAUUGACGACACCCAAUCGGUUGCGGAAUAUUUUUGGAGCCAACUGCAUUUGCUCGAGACCAUCAAAGAGAAGAUAAUACAAAUUCGCAGCGAGGGGCGUCUUAACUUUGAGAGUGAUACCUUUGCUGGCUCGUUGGAUAUUGAUCUGAUUAAGGAGAGGGUUCACAAGAUUUUAACCGAAUUUUGCAUGAUAGAAUCGACCGAUUAUAAGCUGGUACAGAUCGGAUCGGUUGUGGAACGCGUAAAAAAUAGAACGGCUACCGACGUGACGGAUCGAUUGUGGAGCGUUUUGAAGUAUUGCUCCGGGUAUGACGAUUUGAAGGAAGUUCUGACGUUCAUCUUUAAAGCUGCCUCGAAAAGCAACCUUGCGAACAUACCAAGUAACAACAAUCGACUAGCGCAGUUGAUUAAGUCAAUUGCCCAAGGCCGCUUGGCGAUACCUAUGCUAAGUGGUGCCGAACCGCUAGAGCUUCUACUGGAAAUAGGAUUGGAGAAAAUUUUCAACGAUUAUCAGAUAAUAUUCCAUGAGAGCAAAAUUUGCAACUUAGACCUGGAAAAUGUGGGUAAGAGCACCGCGACGAAUGAAGCACAAGCCAGCUCUCGAGCCUCUAGCGUUCGGAAAUCCAUGUAUGAUGCAGUAAAGCCAUCGGAAGCCAAAUCUGCUUACAGUCGGAAAACGACUCUGCUUUCGGGCAUCGGUAGCCCUGAGCAGGAUGAUGACGAUGAUGGAGCCAUUCGUAAUAGCUACUUUAAUGCGAGUGAAGCCACGCUUAAGAUUGGAAAGCUUGCACAGGUUCAUCUUUUGCUCGAACAUUUGCUCUCUAUCGAAACGCACUUGAAGCUAACCAAUAUCUACUCGCAAGUAGCUGAGGAAUACUUUAGCAGACCGGCUGUCUGCUUCGAAGAUAUACGGUCGCGCAAAACUGAUCGGCUUGAAAUCCCUAUCAUGAACAAUGAGAUCAUUGAUUUGGUGGAAAACUCGACGCCUUACAUUCGCAAGGUUAGGAUGAUUAGCAAGUGUAAAUUUCGGACAGUGGAGAGCACCUUUUAUCAGAGCUCGGAACCAAUAUUGCCCACGCACCUGUACAGUCAGCUGCAGGCGGAAUGUGCAGAAGGGAUGAAUCCUUACUGGUGUUUGGAAUAUACGAAACUGAUCAAUCAUUAA